AUGUCUUCUCUCGUGUCCGACUUCAUUAUUAACCCCGUCCUACGCCAAGCUCGCCGCUUUUCUGAGAUAUCACGCACGACUCUAACUGGCGAGGACCAUGAACCCACUCCUCCGUCGGAUAUUGAUGCAGUGAGCGACUCCGGCAUUGCCGGGGGCGUCGUACAUGAAGCACUUGAGCAACUUGAGACACCCGCAGAAGAACCCAUCGCGAGGCGGCCAGAGACACCCCGAUCACCAGCCGUGAGCACAUCGACACAGGAAACCAGAGUAGCAGACGCCCCGGAAACUCCUCCAUCAGUUGGCAAUACCACUCAUGACCACUUGGGGUUUCCUCUGUCCCCGAGGAGGGGCCGAGCGAUCCCGGAGGACGACGGAAUGCACGAGUUGAGGAGACGCAUUCAGGCUAUAAAUGCUGAAGAUGCCCCCUCAGCCGAGAAAGCCAGGCGCAUGCAUGAAUUACUUCUCGAAGACUACCGGGCUUCGCAAGUUACCAACCGAAGAAAACCUACACCCCAUAUGGAGGAAGAAGCAUUGAGUCAUGAAUGGGAGCCUUCAACCUCCCCAGGUCCGUUGGAGUCUCUAAAAUCAUGGUAUAAUCACAGUACCGAUCAACCCUCAACGGCGGACAAGUUCAUCCUCUGCGACAGCGACAUUGCCCCGACCUUUGCGCCGAUACGUCCACGUAAGGGCUCGGAUGUAGAGCUGCAAGGCCAAGGUUCCACGACGCCAACUGAAUCUCAGGCGCCGUUGGGAUGUCAACACUAUGAACGAAACGUCAAGUUGCAGUGUUUUACUUGCAAAAAAUGGUACACUUGCAGGUUUUGUCACGAUGCUGCUGAAGACCACGGCCUAGUUCGAAGGGAAACGAGAAACAUGUUGUGUAUGCUCUGUGGAACACCACAAAAGGCUUCCGAUAUGUGCAUCAACUGUGGCGAAGUUUCCGCUCACUAUUACUGCAAUAUUUGCAAACUGUGGGAGAAUCGAAAGAGCAAACCAAUCUACCAUUGUAAUGACUGUGGUAUCUGCCGCCGAGGGCUUGGUCUGGGCAAGGACUUUUUCCACUGCAAGUCAUACAACACUGUGGAGUUGCAAAUACAUGGGCAAGGCAGCCAAGAACUUCAGACCGCCGCGGAGAGAGCUGAGGCAGCUGCAAGCGCGCAGCAGCCCUCACCCGACAUUCAACGCCCGGCCAUGACUCCUCCAGCGACUUCAUCCCGAGCAGGGACUUGGAUUCCAAAUAGAAGACGGCACUCAUCACACGGAAUUGAGCUUCAGCACCAUGCCCCGGAUAGGUUCGCGCGAUCAUUGUCACCCCUUGAAUCAGGCAUCGAUUACCACCUCACUCAAAUUGCCGCUGAUGUCGACUCCGAAGACGAUAUUUUGGGGUUCUGGAGAGGAAAUAGGAGUCAAGAAGAUCAGCCCGAGGAUGAAGACGAUGAUCUCAGUGAAGAAGAGUCCGAUUCUGAUCUGGACAGUGACGGUGUCAUUAGUACAGAUGAGGAUGAGGAUGACGACGACGACAUUCUUCUCAUCGGACACAGGUGA